AUGUCUCUUGGUUUCGUUGAUGCCAUUGGUCUCAUUGGUACCGGCUUAGGUAUCAUCCAGUUUGGUUUGGACAACUUUGUUCCUGACCAGGAGGAUCCCAAGGGUACCAUCGUCGGUAUCAAAGGUGGUGAUGGUUCAGGGGCCUCAGACACUCUGGUAAGCGUCUUAUUGUCUUACCGAACCUUGCAUCCGGGAUUUCUGGGGUUAAUCAACAUCAACAGGNGAGGCGAGAUCUCGAAGGUCUAUGCCUACAAUUCCCAGAACGUUCAGCUUGGCUCGGCAGGCAGUCAGACCAUGGCCGGCAAUGCCGACUACUUGACCUUCACUGUUGAUCAAGACGUCCCUGGCGCCCAAGGUCAGUUUAUUGGCAUUCAGAACGGCGAUGAUGCCACAUGCGUCUCUUGGAUCACCGUCAAGAUGUUCGACAACUCUCUUGGCGGAGCUUGGACUGGAGAUAUUGGUCGUUCCUGCGGUCAAACUUGGUUCGAGAGUCAGGAGGUUGCAGGGCAGCUUGAUGAUGGAACUAUUUACCGUCCUUCCUGCACCUGGCUUGACGGAAAUCACGAUAACGACAUUCCAAGCGCUUCUCUCAAGUUUGCCACCUACGCAUAUGGUAACGACACUAGUCAUGUUACUCUCGACCAGGAUGCCUGUGGCUCCACUAUCUUUGCGGCCGAUGAAGGCGAGAUUACUGUUGAAGGCAAGCUCUGUGAUAUGUCAACCAAGACUCUUUACACUCUCUGCUCCAAAGAACAGGUUGACGGCUGUGUCGAGAUUGAGACCAAGCCAGCUGACAGUGCUGCUCGUACCGCCUCUGUAGCUACGCAGAAGCUCUCGGUUGCAAAGCGUACUGUUUCGGGACAGCUCAAAUCUUACGAGGAAACCGCAGUUUGGGCUGGCGACAACUAG